CCCAGCAGGCCUCGAGAUGUGCUCGCGCAGACAACUUGCGGGGCACAGACAACUAUCCGCGGGGCGGUAACUCUUGACCUGAGUCCUGCCAGGUCCUGGAUUCCACGCGGAGUCUUGCAGCGCGGUAGGAGAGAGGAGGUCACCGCAUUCUGCCUUCCGGUCGUCAGCCUAAUUCCUAGCAGAGCAGUGCUAGACCGCGGAGGCGAGCCGGGCCCACCAUGGCUGCGAACUAUUCCAGCAUCGGGAGUAGGAAGGAACACGUGAAAGUGACAUCUGACCCCCAGCCAGGCUUCCUGGAGCGGCUGAGUGAGACUUCCGGCGGGAUGUUCGUGGGACUUAUGACCUUCCUGCUCUCCUUCUACUUAAUUUUCACCAAUGAGGGCCGCGCGAUGAAGACAGCCACUUCUCUUGCAGAGGGGCUGUCGCUUGUGGUGUCCCCAGACAGCAUCCACAGUGUAGCUCCAGAGAACGAAGGGAGGCUGGUGCACAUCAUUGGGGCCCUGCGAACUUCCAAGCUCUUGUCUGACCCAAACUAUGGGGUCCAUCUUCCAGCUGUGAAAUUGCGGCGACAUGUGGAAAUGUAUCAGUGGGUGGAGACAGAAGAGUCCAGUGAGUACACGGAGGACGGACAGGUGAAGAAGGAGACCAAGUACUCCUACAACACAGAGUGGAGGUCAGAAAUUGUCAACAGCAGAAACUUUGACCGAGAGAUUGGCCACAAAAACCCCAGUGCCAUGGCAGUGGAGUCUUUCACAGCGACUGCUCCCUUUGUCCAAAUUGGCAGGUUUUUCCUCUCAGCAGGCCUCAUUGACAAGAUUGACAACUUCAAGCCCCUGAGCCUGUCCAAGCUGGAGGACCCCCAUGUGGACAUCAUUCGCCGAGGAGACUUUUUCUACCACAGUGAAAACCCUAAGUACCCGGAGGUUGGUGAUGUUCGAGUCUCCUUUUCUUAUGCGGGACUGAGCAGCGAUGACCCUGACCUGGGCCCCGCUCAUGUGGUUACUGUGAUUGCCCGGCAGAGAGGUGACCAGCUAGUCCCAUACUCCACCAAGUCUGGGGACACAUUGCUGCUCCUGCACCAUGGAGACUUCUCAGCUGAGGAAGUGUUUCGUAGAGAACAGAAGAGCAAUUCCAUGAAGACAUGGGGCCUGCGGGCAGCUGGCUGGAUGGCCAUGUUUAUGGGCCUCAACCUCAUGACACGGAUCCUCUACACCCUGGUGGACUGGUUUCCUGUCUUCCGAGACCUGGUCAACAUUGGCCUGAAAGCCUUUGCCUUCUGUGUAGCCACCUCACUGACCCUGUUGACUGUGGCUGCUGGCUGGCUCUUCUACCGACCGCUGUGGGCUGCCCUAAUUGGCUGCCUGGCUCUGGUGCCCAUAAUCAUUGCACGGACCCGGGUGCCAGCCAAAAAGCUGGAGUGAAGCCUCAGAGGCCAGGUCCCCUGUGACCUCCACACCCUACUCAAGGGGCCAGUGUCUACACUUACAUGUAGGGUUUGGUGUUCGCCAGCUCACAUCUUCUCCACCCCACUUCUUGCUAAAAUGCAGCUUUGGUGGCCAAAAUGCAGCUUUGCUGGGCAAAAGCAGCCUGAGGAUGGUGAUGCAGCGAGAACUGUCCUGCUUAAUGCCUUCCCCUCUUAGGGCUUUAUUCCACUCAGCUAUCAGCUGACCUGCUGGUGAAGGACUCAGCCUUACUGCCCAUCCCUCAUCGCUGAAACCAAGUGGCAGGACCGCCACAACCUCCGGCUACAACUGAAGCCCCAGAAUGCAGCCAUCACCUACUGGCCACAUCUCAUCAGUACGACACACCAUACCAAGCCUGGAGAAGGUCCACCCCAAACCAAGUCUCUGGGUAGAAACUGAUGUGGCCUAAAGAAACACUGACGAUCUGUCUUAUCCCAAAGGUCACUGUCACUGUGGCUGGACAGGGUUUUGGUUUAAGCCCUCAGUCCUCUGGUUCUGUUACUCCACUUCUUCACGUGUUCUUUCUGUCCCAAGGAGUUGAGACUUAAAACCCUGUGAAUGGCCCCCAUUUGACAGUUGCUGUCACUGAGAUGAACUCUGCAGGAAUGGUGUCUCAGUGGGUGUGCCUUGACUGGUUUUAGUUCCUGAGGCCUUAGGGAAGGAAGCUUUAGCUUUGCGAUGCUUUUGAAUCAGUGUUAGUAGAUUCUUUCAUGCUGGGUUGGGACUGUGGAGGAAGCACCCAGGGUUCACUUGAAGGUGAUUUUGAGUUUGUAGUCAGUGUUACAGAAAAAGGCUGGAAGUUAUCCUACUAAGAGGGCUUAUUCACUGUGACCUCCAGUUAACUGAAACCAAGGCUUGCUGGAGGAAACCCACAUCUGGCCUGGCCCAACCUUUUUCCCUGGAAAUGCUUUUGACCUUGACACUCCAGCCUCAAGUGGUUGCAGCAUAGUGGUUCUUUUUGCAUUUAAUGUCCAUCACUUUCCUCAUCCCAAAUAAAAUUCACCCAUACUAACGGACAUAAUUUCUAAGUUUCCUCUCUACUAUUACACCUUUGUAUACACCUUAGCCAUGUCAUCAUAGAUCCUUGGUUUAUCCUGUAUCUCAAUUCUAUUUGCAAACUGCCCUAGUGGUCGCUGUAUCUAGUAGCUGUGUUUGGUAGCUGACUAACGUGUCAGAACCAUUGACCCUAGUGAUAUAUAACAGUCCCUCUCAUGUUUGUGGUAUCUAUGCUUUCAGCUGGGGUUCUUGGUAAAAGUGCAGCCAGAGAUGGCUUGCUGGGUUUAAGGAUGGAGACGAUAUUCAUUACUGCUCAGUGCAUACUGGUGCAGUCUCAUCUAAACUCCAAAAGAUGGUUUGGGAAAACAUGGUACAAUUAGUGAUUGCUAAACACACAAUCCUUGGGAUUCAGGUUUUGUAACUCUUAUAUGGGUUUUAUUUGCCAGCUUAAAAGUGUUCUUAUAAGCAAAUUAUGGAAGAAUAAUUUGAUGUCUUUGGAAAAACUGAAGUUUGUAUUCUUUGUAUUAAAAUCUGAAAUAAAUUUCUACCUAUCUUUUGGUA